GAUUAGCAUAGGGGAUCGAACUUCAAAACUGGUGAGCCAAAUAAAGAAGACACGUGCCCCACAAGGAUAAUCCAUCUCCAUCGUACAAUCACAAGAUCAGAAAAACAAAACUUAACUAUUUCCUGUAAUUUAAGAAGGUCAGUAACAAUUUUAUAUCUUUAUUUUGGAAAAUUUCAUCAAUUGAUAUAAUGGAGUCAGCCGGUGUUCUGCAAAUCUCUUGAGUGGCAGUCAAGCCACCUCCAUUUUGGAAGAACAAUCCCACUCUCUGGUUUGCCCAACUCGAAGCCCAGUUUGCCAUCGCUAAUGUUUCCGCCGACAUAACCAAAUAUUACUACAUUAUUUGAACAAUAGAAUCAGACAUCUUAGAACCGGUACACGACCUGGUGACUAAGCCACCUGAAAAUAACAAGUACGACACUAUAAAAAAAAAGGCUGAUUAACAUAUACUCGGAAAGCCAAACGUCCAAAUUGCAAACACUAUUACAAGGACUUGAAUUGGGCGACCAGCGCCCAUCACACUUAUUAACUAAGAUGCGUGACCUCGCCAAUGGUCAUUUCAGUGAAGACUUAUUAAAAUUGCUGUGGCUUCGAAGACUACCAGGAAAUAUCCAAGCUAUUCUGGCAGCCUCGAAUGAAACUCUGCCACAACUUGCCACAAUGGCUGAUAAAAUACACGAACUUACCAUCAUAAACCACAUGCCAAUCAGCCAACAGGAACAAUUCUCUAUUAGCAAUCCAAUCGAAAAACAAAUACAGGAAUUAACAUUGCAAGUGAAUGAACUCGCUACCCUGGUACAAGCACCAAGAUACCAACAUCGUCCAAGAUACAAUUUCCGAAAUCGCCAGGACUCGCAUGGACGAAGUCCAUCCUGUGAGCGACACUGUUACAAAGAAUCAGAAGGUGGCUUAUGCUUUUAUCACACUAACUUUGCAAAUGUAAAAAAAAUGCACCCCACCUUGUUCAUUCCAAAAAUCGGGAAACUAGACAGGCAGCUCCCUGUGGCCACAGAGAGCAAAUGCCAAGUCAAUAGAAUCUUUAUGGCCAAACCUUCAUCCAAACUUCACUUUCUGGUCGACACAGGAGCAGACAUAUCAGUCAUACCAAAAAAAUUCGCAGCUCAACCUAUCCAUCCAGGAAAACUCACUCUUUAUGCAGCAAACGGCACUCAAAUUUCAACAUACAAAACCAGACUACUCACGAUAAAUUUAAAUCUUCGUUGAACCUUUAGCUGGCCCUUUAUCAUCGCUGAUGUUGCUCAACCCAUCCUAAGUUCAAUCUUUUGAAACAUUUCAACCUACUUGUCGACAUAAAACAUAACUGCUUGAUUGAUGCCACAACUAAGCUUACAUCCAAAAGGAUAACAAUGAAGAAGCUACCAGCCUCCACUAGCAUCACAGUCAUGUCUGGCGACUCACCAUACCACAAACUUUUGGCCCAAUUCCCUAAUAUCACUAAUCCAUCAA